AUACCCAGACCCCCACUUCUGGGAUGCGGAAUAAGAAGGGUCCACUCUCCACUCUGUACUCUCUGAGUGUUAAAAGGCCUUCCCAAGUUCGUUAAUGGUGGUUGCGGAUUUUGCUUCUCUCCCCCCCAACCAAAUGCAUUUGGUUUUCUAACCAUUUCUCAUGCUCUCACCACUCCAAGUUUCUUGAUUUCCUCUGCUCCCAGCUUUCGAUCCUUCGUCUCCUGCUUUGUGACCAUAAUCGCUAAUCAGAAUCAGGUAAAAGUAUACCUCGGUUUUUUUUCCUUGGCUGUUCUGGUGGUUCUUGAGUAAUGGGUUUGCCUGAUUGACAUUUUCUUUGAUUUUUUUUCCUUGACUUUAUGUGAGGAGUUUGAUGUUUGAAGCUCCAUGGAUGAUUCUUGAACUCGAACUUCCAGGCAAUUAGUCGCAGUUUAACUUUUGUGGGUUUGGGUUGGGAAGACAUAGGGGGACGGAAUAGACUAGUACCUUCUAGCUUUUUUUAAUUUUGUAAAUUAAUUUGAAGAAUAAUUAAGGUAUCCAGUUCCCUCUCAGCUUUGCCGAAAGUGAAAAUAUUCUCGGUUGGCACCACUAAAAAAUCAAACAACUUAUUAUGAACCGUACUAGGGAAGAAAAAAAAUGAGGAAAAUAGAAAAAUAAAAAGCUUAUUAUUAAUUUUUUCAUGAUUUAAAAACAUAAAAAUUGAAGAAUUUUUUAAAACCUUUUUUCUUUGCUUAAUCAAGUGAGUACUUUUUGAAAUCGAACAUUAAAUAAAUGUUGGCACAACGCUUUGGAUCUUCAUGGCUUCUUUUUCUUUUCUUUUCCGCAAUCGCUUUCACGGGUCUUCAUAGUUAAUAGAUAGAGGGUGGAGGAUGAGGAUGGUGCCCCAUACAUUGAUACUCGCACCCGUGGUACCAUAAAUAUAUGGAAAUGCAACAGACUGCUCAGAGUUACGCAUAUGAAAUUAUGAAUUGAAUUGGACCAGGUACAUAAUUCCCUGGUGGUCAGAAGCUUUUCGGGACAUUGGGAACUUCAAAACAUGAUAAUUGAAAAAGGUUGAAAUACGUAAUGGGGUGGAAUAGGAUAAUGGUUGCAACUUUUUCAAAUACAUGAAUAUGGAAUGCAGUGGGGCACAUGCCCAACAAUUGGAGGCAUGGUUACCCGAAUGGGCCAUGUUGACUGGUGCGUGUGGUUUAAUCAUUCGUGCCUGAGCUCUUGAGUUCUCAGGGUCUCAAGACUCAAAAGAGUCAAGAGGCCCAUGCUAGAUUUCUCGUUUAUUCCGCAGCAUGUAUGCCUUUUUUCUCCACCCAACACUGACCACUGCAGAGGCUCUGAUGCGAUACUACGACUGCUUCUUUGUGUAGAUAACACGCCCAUCUCAGCAUCUUCUACUUCUGUGAAGCCCCACUAGGUGGUUUGAAGCCUCCAAAGAGAGAAAAUAAAUGGUGGGUUCGGAGUCGGAGACUUUAUCCCAAAGCGAGGUGGAGUCGGGGUUACAGGAAGAUCAACAGCCCAAGAACCAUGGGAUGCCAUCUCUGGGAAGACAGUCCUCAAUCUACUCCCUCACCCUGGAUGAGUUUCAGCACACCCUCUGCGAGAAUGGGAAGAAUUUCGGGUCCAUGAACAUGGAUGAGUUUCUCACUAGCAUAUGGACUGCAGAGGAAAACCAAGCCACCAAUUUUAACCACAUUAGCAACUCCCAGAUGUCGCUCAGUGAAACUUCCAUGGAGAAACCCAUUGCUAAGCAGCCGAGCUUGGCCCGCCAGGGCUCUCUAAGUCUUCCUGCGCCGUUUUGUCAAAAGACUGUGGAUGAGGUCUGGUCUGAAAUCCAUAAAGCUCAGCAACAACAGCAGCAGGACAGCGUUCAUAAUGCUGAGUCUGCCCAUCGCCAACCUACUUUAGGAGAGAUGACUUUGGAGGAUUUCUUGAUCAGGGCAGGGGUAGUUCGGGAACAGCCUACAGCAACCGCUCCGGCGCAGCAUCAGCAGCAACAUCAGUACGGGUUGUACCAAAAUAACAACACCAUCAGUCCAACUUUUGCUAGACCUGUUAUGGGAAUGGGUGGUGGUGCCGGUGUUGGGAGUUUUCAAACUUUGCCCCAAAGCAGUGGGGCUGCCGGAGAGUCCUCUGGCUAUGCCGGGAAUGGUAAAAGGAACGGCGGCUACCCGAAGACUUCAGCUUGUCUUGGAGGUAGAGUGGGGAACGGCGGUGGUGUGUACGGGCCUGGGCAGACGUUGGCAAUGGAGUCGACCGUAAGUCCAGUGUCUUCCGAUGGGAUGUGCCCGAAUCAAAUCGACAACACUGCAGGUCAGUUCGGUUUGGACGUGGGUGGCCUGAGAGGAAGGAAGAGGAUCAUAGAUGGCCCGGUGGAGAAGGUGGUGGAACGGAGACAACGAAGGAUGAUCAAGAAUAGAGAGUCUGCGGCGAGAUCUCGAGCUAGAAAACAGGCUUACACAGUUGAACUGGAAGCAGAAUUAAACCAGUUAAAGGAAGAGAACACCCUUCUUCAACAGGCUCUGGCAGAGGCAGACUUUGAGAGGAAAAGAAAGCAACAGUAUUUAGAAGAACUGAAAAUGAAAACUCAGACCAAGGCAGAAAAAGCUAAAGAAAAACUGAAGAAGAUGAGGAAGACUUGGAGCUGCCCAUUGUGAAGCAAAGAAAGAACAGGGUAGUAAUAGCAUGGAUGGUUGAUGCAUGAUCUUCCAAGAUGUGAUCUUCGAUCACAGACCCUUUUGACUAGAAAAAGAAAUUCAUGAAUAAUUAGAUGGGUGGGAAGUGUUAAUCUUAUGUUUUUGUUCGUAGUUGCACAUAGACACAUAGUGUAGUCAGAGACUUGUGUGUAUGCUCUUAUAGAUGUGUAUUCAAGCUAUUGUUCCAGUGUUUC